CGCCGGAGACACGUCACUGGCCACAUGUGUCGAGAGCCGAGAACCGCAGGUGACAUGGCAAUAGUGGCACGUGCGAGCAGUCCUGCUGUGUGGGCCCUGACCAGCUCGAGGGCCGCCUUUUCAAUAGCAAGCAGACCCCUCUUCCCACCCUCCGCUCGCUGAUUCUGCUCUCUCUUUCUCGCUCGCUGGUGGACGCAGAUUUCGUAACGGGAUGGCAGGCGAGAUCCCCCGCAAUAGCAGAAUCUCCUCCGCCAUCCGCUUCCUCGGCCUACUGAAGCAGCCUGACUCCGACUCCUCCGCCCUCGAGCUCGACGAGCGCGAUGUCGUCUGGUCCGCCGACUUUUCCUACCCGUCCGGCGUGCGUCGGUCUUCCCGACUUUCUCCGACCCCCAAAAAUGGCAUCAAUUCCGCCGCCGCAUCUCCUUCACCCCCGUCCUCCGGCGGCAGGCGACGCGUGCAUGCCUUUCAGCAGGAGAAGUCCGGCCUCUCGGCCGCGCUGGAGGGCGAGAACCGGUCGUUCGUGCAGCGCAAGGCAGCGCUCGACCCGCUGCUCUCUGUCUCGCGCAACAUCCCCUCGCCUCUACCCGUGCCAUUGUCGAGGUCGGGUUCCGGUUCAGAAAAUUUCUCCGGCGCGAGCGGGGGGUCUUCCGGCAACUACCACCAGUCUGCGCCGGUGAAUGUGCCGGCCUGGCCCAGGACGAAGCGGGGCUCGGUCAACGUGCAGAUUUUCGUCGACGACGAGGACGAGGCGGAAGACGAGAUGCUGCCGCCGCACUUGCUGGUGGAGCGCGCGUCGGCGAGGUCUCACGUCACGACGUUUUCCGUCUUCGAGGGGGUGGGUCGGACCCUAAAGGGAAGAGACCUCCGGCGUGUCCGUAACGCCGUUUUCCAUAAGACGGGCUUUCUGGAGUGAACCCCUUUCUCCUCCCCUUCCUCCUUUUCAUCUUCUUCUGUAUUUCAUAAUUUCUUCCAAGUUGUGGGUUGUUCUUCGCCCCUCUUUGUGUACUCAGUACUGUAGUAUGUAGGGGCUAUAGAUUGCGAUUAGUGGGUGAUGGUAAUUGUAGGGUAUAAGUAUAUGAUGGUGUAAUUUUCUUGGAUGACAGAGAUCGCCUUUACCUUGUUCUUGAGGAUGCCAAGUGCGAUCGAGUAUAAGAAAUAUAUGUGAAUUCUCUUUUAUC